AUGCCCAUCGACUACCUGGGCUACGUCUUCGAGGCCGGGCCCCCGGCCUGGCUGACCAAUAACUGGUGGUUCAUCCUCAAGACGACCACGACCGUCGCCGCCCUCGUCCUCAUCAAGCUAUAUGCCGCCGGCUCCAGCAACCCGGCCGAGCGGGACAUGCACGGCAGGAUAGUCAUGAUAACGGGCGGCACGUCCGGCAUAGGGGCCAGCACCGUCCUCGAGUUGGGCCGGCGCGGCGCCCAGAUCAUCCUGCUCACGCAUACCCCCGUCUCGGACCCCUUCCUCGUCGAGUACAUCGGCGACGUCCGCUCCCGCACCGGCAACGAGCUCAUCUACGCCGAGCACGUCGACCUCUCCUCCCUUCACAGCAUCCGAAAGUUCGCCACGAAAUGGAUCGACAACUCUCCGCCCCGCCGCCUCGACAUGGUCAUCCUCUGCGCCGCGACCGUCCCCCCGCCCGGCGGCAAGAGGACGCUGACGGACGACGGCCUCGAGGAGACGUGGAUGGUCAACUACCUCGCCAACUUCCACCUGCUCUCCAUCCUCAGCCCGGCCAUCAAGGCGCAGCCCUUCGACCGCGACGUGCGCAUCAUCUUCGCCACGUGCCCGUCCUACAUCGGCGCCCCGCCCCUCGAUGACGCCCUGAGCAAGGAGAGCUGGUCCCCCGGCGCGGCCUACAAGCGGAGCAAGAUGGCGUUGAUGGUCUUUGGGCAGGCGUUCCAGAAGCACCUUGACGCGUACAAGCGGCCGGACGAGCUGCCGAUGAACUCGCGCGUGGUGUUCGUGGACCCGGGAUACGCUCGCACGCCCGGCAUGAGGCGCUGGUUGUCGCGCGGCUCGCUGUGGGGGUUGCUGGUCUAUCUUGCCGCUUACUUUGUGCCGUGGUUGCUUCUCAAGAGCCCCGACCAGGCCGCGCAGUCCUUGUUGUAUGCGGCCAUGGAGCCGGCGCUCGGCCGUGGAAAGGGUGGAAAGCUGAUUAAGGAGUGCCGCGAGGUCGACUUCGCGCGCAAGGAUGUUCACGACGAGGAAAUCGCGAAGAAGCUGUGGGAAGAAAGCGACAAGCUCAUCGAGAAGACGGAGAAGGAGGCGGCCAUGACCAGGGCGAGACAGAAGGCCAGGGAAGAGGAGGAUGCCAAACAGGCGAAAGAGAAGGAGAAGGUGCAGGAAAUUGAGGACCUCGUUAAUGCCGUCAAGAAGGGCAAAGAGGCGCAAAAGUCUAAGAACAAGAAGAAGUCCAAGAAGGACACAUAG